GAGCCGAUCGGACAGACUUUAAAAAUAACAUAAAGAUUAUGCAAUAUUUGUUGUAAGGCUGAAAUUCAACCACUGCUUGUUUCAUUGUUUAUGUCACUGAAUGAAAAGUGAGGUGACCAAAGUUCACUAGUUUGUUCAUCAUCAUCACAAGGUUCCAUUGAAGGGAGAUGAAGCCUCACACUCAGGCUUCAUUCGCCACCGGCCCGCCGCACGUGACCUAUUUUCGUCGCGCACGUGCCUCGCCAUCCAAGACUCAUCUUCCGCUGCCGCACCACGAAGUCCGGCGCGUUUGGACCGCCAAACGCCGCCGUGUCAGCUUAUCCGUCCGCCACCCGAACCGCGUCGUCGCCGCAUGGAAACCCGAACAUUCCGACCGGAGCGAGAGGGAAGACUCCGUCGAGCCAACAACGGAUAGUGCUCGAGCUCGAAGCAGCCGGCGAGGCGUCCUGGUCGCGCCGUUCCUGGCCGCCGGCGCGUCGUUUCUGCUCUCCGCAGCGAGAGCGGAAGAGAAAUCGCCGCCACCAUCUCCGUCGCCGACACCGUCGUCUCCGGCGGCGGCGGAAUUGACGGCUGUGAAACCGGACGAGGAGAAGAAGAAAGAGGAACCGGCGGAAGUGGUGACGUCGAGGAUUUACGACGCGACGGCGAUAGGGGAACCGUUGGCGAUAGGGAAGGAGAAAGGGAAAGUGUGGGAGAAGUUGAUGAAUUCUCGAGUGGUUUAUUUGGGGGAAGCGGAGCAGGUUCCGGUUCGUGAUGACAAGGAAUUGGAGCUUGAGAUUGUGAAGAAUUUGCAGAGGCGUUGUGUUGAGAAAGAAAAGCGAUUGUCUUUGGCUCUUGAAGCUUUUCCCUCUGAUCUUCAGGAACCACUCAAUCAGUACUUGGAUAAGAAGAUAGAUGGAGAAACUUUGAAGACUUAUACAGGGCAUUGGCCGCCUGAACGAUGGCAGGAGUAUGAACCUAUUCUUAGUUACUGCCUUGAAAAUGGAAUUCGACUUGUAGCUUGCGGUACUCCACUGAAGAUCUUAAGGACUGUCCAGGCAGAAGGAAUUCGUGGUCUUACAAAGGCUGAACGUAAAUUAUAUGCACCUCCAGCUGGUUCAGGCUUCAUAUCUGGCUUUACUUCUAUCUCGCGUAGAUCUUUACUCGAUAGCACUCCAAAUCUGUCUUUUCCUUUUGGUCCUAGCUCAUACCUAUCUGCACAGGCUAGAGUAGUUGAUGAGUAUACUAUGUCCCAGAUUAUCUUACAAAAUGUGCUUGAUGGAGGAGCAAAUGGUAUGUUAUUAGUUGUGACUGGUGCGAGCCAUGUUACAUAUGGAUCUAGAGGAACUGGAGUGCCAGCAAGAAUUUCAAGAAAAAUACAAAAGAAAAACCAAGUAGUCAUAUUACUUGAUCCUGAGAGGCAAUUCAUUCGCAGAGAGGGAGAAGUUCCAGUUGCUGAUUUUUUGUGGUAUUCUGCUGCCAGACCCUGUAAUAGAAAUUGCUUUGACCGUGCUGAGAUUGCUCGGGUUAUGAAUGCUGCUGGGCAGAGGCGAGAUGCCCUCCCACAGGAUCUUCAAAAGGGAAUUGAUCUUGGUUUAGUAUCACCAGAGGUUUUGCAAAACUUCUUUGAUCUUGAGAAGUAUCCUCUGAUUUCAGAACUCACACACCGUUUCCAGGGUUUCAGGGAAAGAUUGUUGGCAGAUCCCAAAUUCUUGCAUAGAUUAGCCAUAGAAGAAGCUAUUUCAAUAACAACUACAUUAAUAGCACAGUAUGAAAAGCGGAAAGAAAACUUUUUCCAAGAGCUUGACUAUGUUAUUACGGAUACUGUUCGAGGAUCAGUUGUUGAUUUCUUUACAGUGUGGCUCCCUGCACCAACGUUGUCAUUCCUUUCAUAUGCUGAUGAGACGAAUGCACCUGAUAACCUUAAUUCUCUAAUAGGUCUUCUUGGUUCUAUCCCUGACAAUGCAUUUCAAAAGAAUCCAGCAGGGACAAACUGGGAUCUCAACCAUCGAGUUGCAUCAGUUGUAUUUGGUGGUAUAAAGCUAGCUAGUGUUGGAUUUGUUUCAAGCAUAGGAGCCGUGGCUUCAUCAAAUUCUCUGUAUGCAUUUCGUAAAUUCCUUAAUCCAGCCGCUUUCACGAAUCAGCAGAUUGUAAGGUCACCAAUACUUAAAACAGCACUCGUUUAUGCAUGCUUUCUUGGACUAUCUGCAAAUCUCCGUUAUCAGAUAAUUGCAGGGGUAGUCGAGCAUCGCAUUUCUGAUCAGUUUGCUUCCCAAACAUUUCUUGUGAAUAUGCUUUCUUUUGUAUCACGGACAAUCAAUUCAUAUUGGGGCACCCAGCAAUGGAUUGACCUUGCACGCUAUACGGGACUGCAAGUCAGAAAGACAGAGUCACUAGAUUCACCAGGGUCACCUACAUCAGAUACUCCAAGUCAAGCUGCAGUUUUAUGCAACGAAACAGAAGAAGCUAGCAUUGAUGAGCCUAAAAAGUAAAUGAGGUGUAAAUAUUCCUGCGACACUUUCUUAGUAAUUUGCAUUUUGCACUAUUUUUUUGAAUAGCUGGUUAAAUAGGCACAAAGGAAUAGGUUUUUCUUUUCAUAAUAAUCUCUCUCCCCCCCCCCCCGCGCUCUCUUUCUCGAUGAGUCUGUUUACAAUUCUUUAUUUGCUGAAUUGUAUAUUUUUUUUUCAAUAUAUACCCCCCUUCCCAAUUCAGUGAAUGUAAUAGUUUUUGGGUCUUCAGUUACAUAAGAAAAGUAUGGAAGAUGUGUGUUUUUUAUCUAUUAAGGUGUACUAAUGUUGUAAGGGCUCAGUUCAAGUCGAAACCAAAAAAGUUAACGCCUGUUUAGUUACAAGGAUAUCUCUUGGUAAGCAUUUCUAAAAUGGUGUAAAAAAUAGGUGCACUUGUAUUUGGACUUUCUGAUAUGGAGUUUAAAGUUUGGAGAUCUACAAAGAUAUAGUAUUAUUAUGAAGUCAAGAACCAUCAUAUUGAUCUCCAGUAAUCACUUUUGAGUAAUUUUGGGUUAUUUCUCUAUAAUUUGCAAGGGAAUACAUGUUCACUGCUUAGAUUCCAUUGAUUGGAAGCCUAGAGGGUGCGUGUCAAGAUCCUAGACGAUCACAGGGUAGUGUUGUGAUUUAUAUAUUGCUAGGAGAGGAGAUACUUGAGAUUUGGCAUGAAAUCAUGAAUCCAGUAUGGUGAAACCAACUGGAUUUUGUAAAUGGUGAUUAAAUAUCUGUCUUUUGAGUUUCUGAAAUUACUGAGAAUGUACUGUGAUUCUGUGAACCAGAAAGCUUGAGCCUUGAACCCCUUUAUUACAAGUGAUUGAACAAUAGAAUGUUUGAAAUACAGUUCAUGAAUAUAUCUUCGGCGGCAUAUGGCAUAUGGCAUAUUAUGCAUUAACUUUCAGUCUUUCUGGACCCUGCUACUCAUCUAUACUUUGAAUCAGCUUCUCUUUAACUUUGUAUAAGGCUUGUUCAAGGUUUUCCAGCUGCAUAUGUUUCACAACUCAUCAGUGUAUUGAGUUACUUGGUUUCAUAAUUUAAGUGUUAUUUUCAUGAUGCUUAUUUGGAAAUAACCAAUUCGCUAGCAGUUCAUUACCUCUUGUCUGGCAAAUCUGUUAUGCACGAAUAAUCCACUAUACAGAUCAUAACUGCUUCCCAUGACAGUAUCCUUCUGCAAGUGAUUUUUUUAUGUUACAAGAACACAUCAAUUAUACCAUUCCUAUUUGUGUAAAAAAAAUAAAGAAAUGAUAGCUUUUGGAGGAAGUAUUCAAAAGAAAGAAAAAUAUAUGAAGUUUACCACUUGAAUGAGUGCCUGAAAGCCCUUGGUGUCAACAGGUGUGGGUUUAAUAUCCAUUUCACCUAAUGCCCUGGUAAAGACACCAAAAGUUGCUGCUAGUGAGCAUUUAUUCAAAAUUUUAAAUGCUUUUCUGGUUGUUUAGGUAUGUAGAAGGCUUCAUACCUGCCUAUUGUGUGUGUGAUAAAUUGACUCUUCGCAGCUGCUUUAUCAUGUUCCUCACAGGUCAUUUCUACCAUUUUGCAACCCUGCGCAAAACUAAAAGUUGCAAAUUUACCUACCUUAAAGCUGAAAUCAAUUUCAGUGAGAAGCUUCUGUGAGUGACAAAAUUAAUUCCGAGGAAAAUAAGCUGAUCCAACCUACCUCUGUUGCAAAAAUCUGAAGGUAUUUAAAGCAGGUAGCUUCAUCUCGUAUUCUAACUUUAUCAAACAUGAAAGUGAGAUCUGUCCACCCAUUCUUGCCACUCACGGGUCCAAACAUUGGGUGGGUGCAGAGUAUGUCUGACUCCUCUGGCAACACCUUAACAAACAAAGACAAAAACAAACCGCUGCAAUUGAAACUAAAGUACAAGUAAACUAAAAGCACUGGCGUGGCUAAUAUAACUGCGUACUUUAAGCAGAACGUCCUUUGGGUGCUCUUUGACUGAAAGUACAUCAACAAACAGCGUUGGUCGCUUCAGACGAUCUAGUGGCAUUGACCCGACAACCUCAGACAGCGACAAGAUCGAUGUGCAUAACAAGAUGACAUCCAUGCCAGCAUCGAGGAAUGCAGUGACAUCCCUG